AUUUCUGGCCCGCCAGUCUUGCGAGAAAAGAGAUCGAUUACUGCGGUAGCGGCGCAGUAAUAAUGGCUGCCGCAUUCGGUGCCUCAAGUGGCUCAUGCUUAUGGCUGGUUGAAGGACCACUUUGAAUAAGUCCCAUAGAAGCAGUACAUAUUAAAUUCUGUGGUCUAUCGAAGAGCGCGCGACGAAGUUCUUCUUGAGUCCACGAGCUGAGUCCCACAUUCUAGCCCGUGGUCGCAUGAUAAUGGACUCGGAAGUCGGAAGCACACUAUGCUAGACUGCAAAAACUGCAGAUAUAUAGCUCUUAGCUUUGAACGCGACUCUUGGCAUCUCCUUGGCAAAGACGUAUGAGUACGUAUAUAACUGGCACUUCUACUCUUUCCCACUUCUAAAGAUUCUUCGUCAGCUCAAUCGUGCUCCCAACCUCCACUUCACUUUUGGUAUUUUGCUUCUUGAACUCGUCACAGAGGAAGUGAGCAGCUGAGACACUGCCAAAUCAAAUCCGCACUGCAAACAGGUUGAGAGCCCUUGCGUGAUCCUCGCACACGUCGGCCCAGCUAGCGCCAGAUCUCAUUCGUGAGCCACCCCAUCAGCCAAAAUGCCGGGCCUUCUUGAGACCCCUCCCCUUCACUUUGGCUCCAUCAAAUAUGUCAGCGCAGUGCUGGCUGAAUUCUUUGGGUCCCUGGUGUUUGCCCUUGCGGGGGGUUCAGCGCUCUAUGUUGCGACAGGGCCACUGGCACCCCCCCCAAAUGUGGUCAUGGCAGCUUUCGCCAACGGCUUGGCACUGAUGAUCGUCAUCUUUGCGAUUGCCAACAUCUCGGGAGGCCACGUCACCCCCACCGUGACCAUCGCGACAAUGAUCACCGGUCAUAUCGACCUGCUCAAGGGACUCCUCUACAUGCUUGCGCAACUUCUGGGCGCCAUCUUCGCUUCUCUUAUCAUGGCUGGCCUCGUGCCCGGCGCAGGCGUUGCCAUGGGCGACAGCGGCCCCGGUUGCUUCUCCCCGGGCGCAACCACCACCAACGGCCAACUCUUCGGCUGGGAGUUCUUCAACUCCUUCAUCCUCGUCUCAGUGGUUUACGCCGUUGCCAUCGGAUCCCCCUCUUUCGGGAACGUCGCUCCGAUCGCUGCCGGCUUCACUCUGGUGGUCGUCAUCUUUAUGUCAGCAGCUUUCUCCGGGGGCGGUGUCAGCCCGGUCCGUGUGCUCGGUCCCGCCUGCGUCUUCCACUGCUACUGGGAUAAAGUGGGCUACUACAUUCUCGGACAAUUUGGCGGCGCCAUCAUUGCGGGGCUGUUCGCGUGUCCCCUGUACGGCGGCCACGCGAAAUGGAUGGACCCUUUCAUGCCGUGGGGCCACGUCAACUACGAGUCCAAGCUGGAGGCUGACGGCUCCUUCCGGGGAAAGCCCGGGCAUCCCGAGAAAUCGAUGGAACCGGCGUCAAGCGUUUAAGAACCGGGUACUUGGUCCGGGAGAAAGGAGCCCAUGUCAGGAUUCGGGUUCUAGAGUGGGAGGAGUACGCGUGGGUGUAUUAUCGUAGCGAGUCGAUGGGCCGGGACGAAGUAGAUAUGCAUAUCUGCUACGAAAAUGAGGAUAUCGUAUGGUGCCCAUAAGCAGGCAUGUUGUUUAGCGCAGGAAUCUGGUUUAGUGGGUUUCAGCACGUCGACCGUCAAAUGUAGAAAGACUGGACGGGUUAGUGUAACCCGAAAUAAGCCGGGUCGUUGUAAAAUUGCGUGCAAGUAAACCUUAGGGGAAAUGUCUUCUCCAGGAGCAGUCCAGCUGCUUAUUAGUGCAAAACAUUUUGGCUGUCGAAACUUUGUCGGAUGCGCGCGGAUAACUGCAACCAUUAUAAAGUCACGAACCCUGCGGUGAACCUAAACACUCUCGCUAGCUUCGUCUACUACCAGC